AACAUGUCCAUUACUCUCUCUCUCUCUCUCUCUCUCUCUCAUUCAACAUAAAGACACCCUCGUAUCUUUGUUGCUUGCACUCAAAAAUCUGCCCUUUGGGAAAGAAUGACAGACCGCAAAAGCAGUGUGACCCUCCAGUCUAAGCUCACGGUGGUGUCCUCCGUUUCAAUCGGGCCGGGCAAGACCCACCCGCUCUCCGCCCUGGAUCACUCCAUGGGUCUCCACACCCUCCACUUCGUCUACUACUACAAGAACAUCGCCGCCGGAACUUUCCAUUUGAACCCCCUCAGACGCUCCCUGUCGGAGGCUCUCUCGCUGUACCCGCCCGUCACGGGUCGGCUCACCCGGCGGCCCGACGACGGUAACUGGCAGGUGAAAUGCAACGACGCCGGAGUGAGGGUUUUACAGGCUAAGGUGGCGGCCACCCUCGAUGAAUGGCUGAGAUCCGCUGAUUGGUCUCAGGAGAGAGAUCUGACGGUCUGGGAGGACAUGCCCGAAGAUCCCUAUAUUUGGUCUCCCUUUCGGAUCCAGAUAAAUGAUUUUGAAGGAGGGGGAGUAGCCAUUGGACUAAGCUGCACCCACCUGUUUGCAGACCUAACAUCUGCAGCCCUACUCUUCAAAUCAUGGACUGACUCUCAUUGCGGCGAAGCCAUUGCGAUCAAGCCCUCCUUCUACCCAUCUGGUUUACACCGCCCGGCAGUUCCCAACACAGACACAAACUCAACCAGCUACUACACAACCAAGUCCCAGGCAAAACCUCCCUCGGUGAAAAUGGCCACGGUCACAUUCAGGUUUUCCAGCUCAAGGAUCAAACAGUGCCUGUCCUCAGAGGUUCAUCAGAGCUGCCCUAAUGCCACUCCUUUUGAUUUGCUAGCAGCGCUCUUCUGGACACGCGUAGCAAGCUUGAAGGCACAUGCACCUGGUCAUGAUCACACACAGACCCUCUCUAUUUGCAUGGACUCCAGGAAGCUGGGGCAUGGAAAAAACCCCACUCACGGGUACUUCGGCAAUGCACUCCAUUUCUCCCUGCUCUCACUGGACGCAGAUGAAUUGGAGAAUGCGGGAUUAGGACAUGUGGCGGGGCUGGUGCAUCGCCAUGUGUCUGGUCUCAGAGAAGAGGAGGUUCAGUCUCUGAUGGAUUGGCUUGAAUCAAGGAAGGGAAAGAGUGGCGAGUAUGCACCGCCAUUCAGGAUGUAUGGCCCUGAACUAACAUGCAUUGACAUGGAACAUAUGGUUUCUGGGUCAACAUUUGAGAAGGGUGAGAAACCGGUCCAUGUGGCGUGCCAUGUGGGGAAUGUGGAAGGCGAAGGAUUGAUUCUUGUGAUGCCUUCACCAGAGGAGGGGCUCGGGCGAACGGUAAUGGUGACUUUACCUGAGCAGCAAAUGGCCAAGCUGUGUGAGGACCAAGCCAUCAGGCACCUUGAGCCAACAAUGCUGGUCAGCGGGAGAUGCUGAGAUCAUUUUGUGAGCUUUGAUGUGGAAUGUCUUACCAUUUCAUGGCUUAUAUGCAGAAUUAUUAAGGUGGAUUCAACGUAAAUGGAAAUAAGUGCUGCUUUUGACUCUUUUUCACCUUCCUAUAAAUGCAUAUCCAUUAUAAUACAUAGUUAUGUGUCAUGAGCUAAGCUUGUUCAGGGCAUACUUGCCUGUGACCAUUUAUCUCGUGUGUUUAGGAUGAGUUUCCAUCAUGUAAAUACUAGUAUAAGGUUAUUUUCUGCCAGUAAAGUCUUUGUAUGCCAAAUAAGACAAUAUGACUCCUCGGUUACUUUGAUGUUUUCUAGUACCAGGAUGAUAAUUACAGAAAAACCUCUUUAGGAGAGGGUGAGUGUUCAUCAGUCAUUAUAAAAUUCACUAGCUAUUGUCAAUGUGUUUAGCUUACUUGCCUCCCUCGCUAAACAUACAAUGUCAACGGAGGUGUUGUUAAUGAAUUACGUUUGCUUCAAUGUUUA